UUUACCCAAAAAAUGAAAAAAAAGGAAGAUAAUGAUAAAAUCCCAUUUCCCACUUUUAUUUCUUUAGGUCAUUUGUAAAGUAUCAACCCACAAUUAUCCAAUCAAACAAUGAAAUCUCAACAGUAUACAAAUCUUUCUUUAAAUCUUUUGAGUAGACAUGCAUACAUUUAUCAAAGUUGAUGAUCCAUGAAUGACUCACACAACCAACAAGUUGAGAUCCAAUCAAGCUAUAUAUAAGGAGACCAUAUGUACCAUCAAAUCUAUCUUCACUAAAGAAACAGAACAAGCUCAUCAAACAUGGAAGUUCUUGGUGUUCCAAUGACAAUGGUACCAAAGACAUGGCCAAGCAAGACGAAGAACAGUCCACUGAUCAAACUGUUACCACAUUCAACCGCCCUUGGAUCAUCAGUACUCAAAUUUGGGAGCAGUAAGCAGGGAUUCAACGUUUUCAGUUCAACAGUGAGAAGAAAACUGAGAUUAGGGGCUAAAAUAAUUCAGAAUGGUGGAUUGGGAAAAGUAUUUAAGAGAAGUUUCAAAGUGAUGGAAGGAGAGAAGCUUGAAAGAGUGACAGAAUGUUCUCUUUCAACAACGGCUGGUCCAAUUGCAGGUCUUCUUUUCAUCUCAACUCAAAAGAUUGCCUUUUGUAGUGAGAAAUCCAUCAAAAUCUUCUCUCAUGACCAAACUGGACAUAAUCAAGCUGCAACUAGACUCCAUUACAAGGUUUCAAUUCCACUAGGAAUGAUAAGUAAGAUCAGUGAAAGCAAAAACGAGUCAAGACCAGCAGAGAGAUACAUAAGAAUUGAUACAGUGGAUAAUUAUGAUUUCUGGUUUAUGGGUUUCUCCAACUAUAGAAGAACAUUUGAAUACCUUCUUCAAAGGUCACAUGAGAAUGUACUCAAGAAAUAAUUUUCUCAAUUUGCUUAAAGUUGUGUACAAAUUUAAUUAAACUAGUUAGAUAUGUGUAUUGGUCUCUUGAGUCUUGACUGAUUUUUUAUUAUUGAUGUUUUAGCCAGCUGUUCUAUUAAUUCAUUGAACAGCUUGUUUUGUUAUUUAUAUAUAUAGUUUUAAGUCUAUUUUGUAUCUA